AUGAGCGACAUCAAGCGGGACACAAAGUAUGCCAACGACUUCCUAGGAAGGCAUUGGGGCAGUCCGCCUAAUGAGGCACUCUCGAGCUUGGAGUUCGCCGUUUUCGUCAAAAGCAGCGCGACGUUCAAAGACAACCAACAUCUAUUCUUCUUCGGACCAUCGAACGAAGCGACCGAGUACCUGAGAAUCGUUCAGAGUACAAAUCACCAUGUCAGCCGCCGCAUAACAUGCCAUGGUCGCCUUUGCCGCCACCGAGCAGAAGCGAACAUCACUUUCCUCGCCGACAACCGCGCCAACGUCGACCGGGACAACAACGAGAUCAUGAACAUGUCAGUGGACGUGACUUUCGACAUUGUGACGGCCAGCAUCUGCGCGACUCUUAUUCUCGUCCGCUGCGGCUAUCGUCUCUUCUCGCGCUGCAGAAUACACGAUUCCUGCCACCGGACAUGGCACGCCGACGACGCAUACAUGGCUUUUGCCAUAGUGCCUCUCAUCGGCCGCACCACCUGCAUCGCCCUCUCCUUCGUUCUCAACCCGACACAUACCUUCGGGCUGCCAACAUCAGCAGAUGCCGCCGCGCAGGGUCUCACCGUCGAGCAGGUUGAGGAGAACUACAUAAUCUCACACAAACUGCUAAUCCCGUCACGGAUAUUCUAUGCCAUGUUUUUAUGGUCGCUUAAGUUGUGCUUACUCAACUUUUACUCCCGCUUCGUUGAUGUUUUUCAUUGGGGCAAGGUCGCCACCACUGCACUUUGGUGGUUCAUCGUCAUCACUUUCUUUAUUGUAUUGAUACCCACUCUCGCCGAAUGUCGACCACUAUCUCUCAUGUGGUUACCCGAUCCCAACAACCAAAAUUUCUGCCAUCGAGCUGUCGGCAACCUCGUCACCAUGGCUGUAUUUAACAUCAUUACUGAUAUCGCGCUCAUCAUUUUUCCGUUCCCAAUAUUGCGUCAUGUCAAGCUUGACGGCAAAGUAAAGGCGCAGCUCAUCCUACUAUUCAGCAUCGCCGGCCUUAUUGUUGUAAUUACCAUCAUGCGACUGCCCAUGAUACUGAACCAGGCAGUAUCACAGCGGUCCCGCUCCAUGUGGGCAUCCAUCGAGAUCCUCUGUGCUUGCAUAGUCGCAAACACCGCAUUCUUCUACGCCCUUUUGAAGGAUUACCAACGAGGUCACGACACACGCGUGACUGGCUCAGGUUACGCACGGCAGCCUGACUUUUACAUGCAAGCUAUCCCAUCACCCGACAUGAGGCGAGGCCUGUCACUCGCUUUAUUGCUUUCCGCCCUCGAGACAACCAUCGUUGCCACAACCCUGACCACCAUUGGCGCACAUUUCAAUGACUACAACAAGAUUGGAUGGGUGGUGACUGCGUAUCUGGUGACCAACAGUGGCUUCAUCUUAACUUACUCAAAACUGACCGACAUCUUCGGCCAGCGAAAUGUACUUCUUUUCGCCUUAGCUUGGUUCGCUCUUUUCUCAGGUCUUUGCGCUGCAUCUCAAUCGAUGACCCUGACGCAUCUAAUCGUCUUCCGAGCACUUCAAGGAGUUGGUGCUUCUGGCAUCUUCUCAACGGUCUUUGUCUCAGUGAUUGACAUCUGUCCUGCUCGUUGGAUAGGUCCUUAUUCGGCAGCAGUCAGCUCGAUAUUUGCAUUAGCUUCGAUCUUGGGCCCCAUCGUUGGGGGAGUAAUUAGCGAUACUGGAGAUUGGAAAUGGAUCUUCCUCCUGAAUGUUCCAGGUGCCGCCAUCGCUGGAUCUAUUCUCCUCUUCUACUUUCCUCAGGAUGACACAGAUUUCGGCAAAUCCAUCUUUCGAAGAAUCGACUUCAUCGGAUCGCUUCUAUCUAUCGGCUCUGCCGUCAUGCUGCUUUACGGCCUUCAGACCGGCGGCGCUGAACACCCAUGGAGCGACGGUAGGAUCGUGGGAACGAUCGUAGCUGGUGGUGUGAGCAUCGUCAUCUUCGUCAUUUACGAGUGGUUCAUCCAGCGUAACGCAGAAGCUGUGAUUGAGCCAGUGCUACCACUCCGUCUUUUCAAGAACCCACGGGUCACUUGCCUGUUGCUUACCGCAUUCUUCCAAGGAAGCGUUUUCUAUCCUGUUGUGAUCAACAUUCCGCAACUUAACCAAAUCGUACACCAUAACUCGGCCACGAUGGCUGGAAUCCGGCUGAUGCCGCUUCUUUUGGUGUCCUCUUUCUUCUCCAUGAUUGCAGGAAUCAUGCUGUCCAAGACAACUCGAUUUGGUUGGCAGACCAUCGCUGUUGGGUCUUGCAUAUCGCUAAUCGGCGUUGGCUUGCUCAUCGAGCUCCCGUUCGAUGAUGACGUUCUUGCCAGGACUUACGGCUAUGAAGUUGUCAUUGGCAUUGGUCUUGGUAUAGCGAUGCCGGUACUGAUGAUUCUUGGAAGGGUGGAAGUGGAAGACAGAGACAAUGCUGUGAUGAUGGGUGCUUUCAACACAAUCCGAACAAUGGGGGGUUGCAUAUCCCUCUCUGUGUGCUCUGCGAUUUUGCACAGCGAGAUGCCAGAGCGACUUAAGUCACUGCCUGAGAAUGCCGUGGAGGCAAUUCUCAGCUCGCCAACUACAGUUCUGCCUAGGAUGGAUAAGGAGAUAGCUUCAAUGGUCCGUCGAACUUACAACGAUGUGUACCGUCUCCAAUGGAUCGCGGUAACUGUUCUUGCAGUUGUGCAGGUAUUCUUCGCCUUCCCUCCUCUCUUUCUUCGAGCAAAACAUUCCGCCCCCGAGUCAGCGCCGUCGAGGAGCAUGAUGAAGAAAUCAGAGGAAAUCGAUCGAGCAAAAGUUUCCAAGGAAGAAUCAUGA